UUAGAGGACACGGGAAUGGGUUUUGUUGCGGAAUAUUUGCUAUGCUUGCUCCUCGCAGUGUCGUCUUCGUGGGUGCAGAGUGAAGUUGACGUGCUGGACAAGCCCGUUACGGAGCUGUGCCUGACCUGCAUCUGCGAGGCAAUCAGCGGCUGCAAUGCCACAAGGAUCUGCACGAACCCGGAGAAGGGCGCCUGUGGCAUUUUUCGCAUCACUUGGGCCUACUGGGUGGACGCCGGCAAGCUGACACUCGACGGGGAGCAUCCCGACGCGGAGCGCGCGUUCAUCAACUGCGCCAACGAUCCGCACUGCGCCGCCAAUGUGGUGCAGAAUUACAUGAAGAAAUUCAAUCAGGACUGCAACGAGGAUGGAGAGAUGGACUGCCACGACUAUGCGCGGAUACACAAGCUGGGUGCCUACGGGUGUCAGGCGGACAUGCCGUACAACUAUCAGAUCAGCUUCGAGGAGUGCAUUAAGAACUAUGAAGGGUAUCAGGGUAUCGAGUGAACACAGAGAUUGUUAGUGCAUGAAAUAAAUAUCACUGGGGAUCAUUUCCUG